CAUCACAAUUUUGGGAAGACAUCAUAUCGAACCAAGCAUCUGCACUUCAAGUAUCUUGCUUGGUAAAAAAAAUCAUACCAAAAUGUGGAAAAAUAUAGUUUUUCUUGCCUUCGUGGCAACAGUGUAUUGUAAUCCAGUGGAACGCGGUAUAGAAGAAAAUUUGCUUGGUGCUGUUUCGGAAUGCAUAGACAAGGAUACUUCGCUAUGCUUGAAGGAAAAGGCAUUGAAAUUCACCGAAAAACUGUCUAUCAGCAAGGAUUUGAAUAUAUUUGAAGGCAUGUCCCUUAUCAAUACCGGAUCAGCUCGAUCUGCACGCAGUUUUGAACAACUUUCCGAAGACCCCAAGACUAGAGAAGUUCAAAUUGAGGAGAGAAUAGCCACCAAUGUUGGAGACUUCCUCGAUAAUCAUGUACUUCAGUUACGUCUGUCUGAAGAUUCCGGUGAAGCCAGGGACUUGGACGAGGAAGGUCGUGGCAAGAAGAAGAAGAAGAUCAAGAAGAUCCUUCCUCUCCUUCUUCUCCUGAAGUUGAAACUCGCUGCUCUUAUUCCCUUGUUCCUUGGAGUUAUCGCUUUUGUGGCAAUCAAGGCCGUCUUUCUAGGAAAGAUUGCAUUCGCUAUGAAUGCUUUUACUCUGAUAAGGAAACUUUUGGCCAAGAACAAUUCUGGUUCAUCGGGCGGAGCUAUAAAUUAUGCUCCACAUCAUCCUGAAGAACACCCUGGCUACUCCUACGAACCAGCUCAGGGUUGGAGUAGGAAAGUCAAUGAUGCCCAGAACAUGGCUUAUGCUGGUCAAUUAUCUUAAAUUUGACUUCAUAUGAGUUGAAAAAAUGUGUGUGAAAUAUUUAUUAUUGAAUGUGUGUGUUGCCGAGUACCUCAGUCUUAUUUAUUUAAUUUAUGACAGUAAUAAAACCAUAAAA